UGUUUUUUUCUUCUACACACGUGAAAUCCUUCCAUUGUUCUAGCGAGUUCUAAUUUUAAUUUGGUUGCCUGAAGAGAAGGGGUUUUGGUUUUGGUGUUUGAUUUAAUGGCGAUAGAUGAUAACGAGAGUUGCGGAAGCCGAGCUAUGGAGCCGUCGGCUUCCCCGAAGCAUAGCCGGUUACAGAGACAGAAAGUUCAAGUGUUUAAUGAAGUGUUGAGUAGAUUACAGGAUUUGAAUCUCGAAGAAGCUGACCUACCUGGCUUUGAAGACCAGCUUUGGCUUCACUUUAAUCGCCUCCCCGCUCGAUAUGCAUUGGAUGUGAAUGUGGAAAGAGCGGAACAUGUGCUCGUGCAUAGGAGAUUACUGCAACUAGCGGAGGAUCCUGAGAAUAGACCUGCAUUUGAUGUUCGCCUUGUGCAGGUGCAUCCCACGUACAAUGGAAUCUCAACCAACUCGGAUGAUGUAAAUUCUUCAGUUAAAGAAGAAUACCCAAGCGUCCAUCCUCCUCCAACAUUUGGUUCAUCAACAAAUCUACAGCCCUUUGAAAUUCAUGAUAAUAAUGCUCAUGUACAUGAUGGAGAAAGUGAUGUCAAUUCAACUUCACGGACAACCAGGCCCAUGCAUGAGAUUACUUUUUCAACAAUUGACAAGCCAAAGUUGCUCACUCAGUUGACUUCUAUAGUUUCUGAGAUUGGUCUGAACAUUGAGGAAGCUCAUGUUUUCUCGACGGUUGAUGGUUUCUCCUUGGAUGUCUUUGUGGUUGACGGAUGGCAGUAUGAGGAAACAGGGUUGCUGAAGGGUGAGCUGCAAAAGGGAAUAAUGAGGAGCAAGGAGCAACCACAACAUUCGUUGGCUGCUAUGAACGAGCAAGGUCAAACAGUAUCUGGAUCAGUUUCUAACUGUGUUAAAAUACCUACUGAUGGAACUGAUGACUGGGAAAUUGAUGUCCGUUUGUUAAAGUUUGAAAACAAAGUUGCUUCUGGAUCAUCUGGAGAUCUGUAUAAAGGCACAUAUUGUAGCCAGGAAGUAGCUAUAAAAGUUCUGAAGCCAGAGCAGUUGAAUAUGGAUAUAUUAAAAGAGUUCUCACAAGAGGUCUUCAUUAUGAGGAAAAUUCGGCACAAAAAUGUUGUUCAAUUUAUAGGGGCAUGCACUCGAGCUCCAAACCUAUGCAUCGUGACUGAGUACAUGUCAAGAGGAAGUAUUUACGACUUCUUGCACAAGCAAAAAGGUGCCUUUAAGCUUCCUACUCUCCUCAAGGUUGCAGCUGAUGUUUCUAAGGGAAUGAAUUAUCUGCACCAGAAUAACAUAAUUCAUCGGGAUCUGAAGACUGCCAAUCUUCUAAUGGAUGAACAUGGAGUUGUUAAGGUAGGUGAUUUUGGGGUCGCUAGAGUGCAAGCUCAAACUGGGGUGAUGACUGCAGAAACUGGAACAUAUAGAUGGAUGGCUCCUGAGGUAAUCGAACACAGACCAUACGAUCACAAGGCCGAUGUUUUCAGCUUUGGUAUACUGCUGUGGGAACUUCUGAGCGGAGAAAUACCAUAUGCACACUUAACACCUUUACAAGCAGCAAUCGGCGUUGUGCAACAGGGUCUACGGCCAAGAAUUCCCGAACAUGCUCAUCCAAAGCUUGUGGAACUUCUUGAGAAAUGCUGGCAGCAAGAUCCCACUCGAAGACCUGAUUUUUCAGAGAUUUUGGACAUUCUGAAGUGCCUAACCAAAGAGAAACAGGCUGGGUAUGAUGGGGAGGACAAAUCAAUUGAUGGCUUUUUCCCGGCUCGUAAAAAGGGCCAUCACUGACAUUUUGGUCAAAGAUAUGCUGGUGCACGGGCUUCAGGAUCUGUCACAAUGUGUAGAGUUUGAGAUGUCCAAGGUUGACCUAAAUUACCUUUUGAAAAUCAUGGGCUUUAUCCAAUUUCUGCUUAGCAUGUUUUCUCUCUUACUCUCUUUCCUUUUUUCUUUUUUGUACUGUUCAUAUUCUAGGUGCACAGAGGUAAGGAAAAUUUUGGGAACUUUGUAAGGAUACUUUUGAAAUUGCCGUAGUUCUAUAUUUUUCUCUAUUUUGCUUAUUCAGAGUUAGAAAUUGGUCUCAAGCGUGGCUCAUGGAAAUAUUGCCUUGGGAGUAUAUAGUUAAGUUACCCAGCCUUUAACGGAAA